AUGGCCCUGGACACUGCUGCCCUCUUCAUCGUGACCCUGUUCAUCAAAGGCCUGCUCACUCAUGCUGCUGACACCUGCCCAGAAGUGAAAGUCCUGGAUCUGGAGGGCUCCAACAAACUCACCAUCCUUCGAGGCUGCCCUGGGUUGCCUGGAGCCCUGGGACCCAAGGGAGAAGCUGGUGCCAAAGGAGAUAGAGGAGAGAACGGCCUCCCUGGACAUCCUGGGAAGGCAGGACCAAUGGGGCCCAAAGGAAACCGAGGAGAAAAGGGAGCACCUGGAGAGAAAGGAGACACCGGGCCAUCUCAGUCAUGUGCUACAGGAGCUCGGGCCUGCAAGGAAUUGCUCACCCGGGGCCACUUUCUUACUGGCUGGUAUACCAUCUACCUGUCAGAUUGCAGGCCCCUGACUGUGCUGUGUGACAUGGAGACUGAUGGUGGAGGCUGGACUGUCUUCCAGAGGAGGCUCGACGGCUCUGUGGACUUCUUUCGGGACUGGGCCUCUUACAAGCAGGGCUUCGGCAGUCAGCUGGGGGAGUUCUGGCUGGGGAAUGACAACAUCCACGCCUUGACCACGCAGGGAACCAGUGAGCUGCGAGUCGACCUUACAGACUUUGAGGGCAAGCACGAGUUUGCCAAGUAUAGCUCCUUCCGGAUCCAGGGAGAGGCCGAGAAAUACAAGCUUGUCCUGGGAAAUUUUGUUGGAGGUGGUGCUGGUGACUCUCUGACUGGCCAAAACGACCAAUUCUUCUCUACCAAAGACCAAGACAAUGACCAGGGUUCUUCCAGCUGUGCGCAGCGAUUCCACGGAGCCUGGUGGUACUCGGAUUGUCACGCUUCCAACCUCAAUGGCCUCUACCUCGGGGGUCCCCAUAAGAGCUACGCAGACGGUGUCAAUUGGAAGUCAUGGAGAGGGUACAACUAUAGCUACAAGGUUUCUGAGAUGAAGAUACGCCUCACCUAGCUGCCCACACAGGGACGUCCUUCUGUCAUUAUCGCCAGCUAAGGAAGGAGCAUGCCCACCCUGUCCAGCUCUGCCCUUUACCCACAGCCCAUACAGCCCGUGACC